ACCCAUAAUCAUAGUCUACAUACAAUUUCCCCCAAAAAUCUUCCAAAUGCCAAUGGCUUCCUCUGCGAUCUCUCACUUUUCCUCUGUUUCUACUUCUUCCUUAUGCUUCAAUUUCUCCACUAAACUCCGUCAUCCAACCACUCUCCGUCAAUUCCCCACUCAUUUUACCAAAUCGCUCACUGUUUCAGCUUCAACUUCAACUUCCUUAGAUUAUUCCACCGAUAAAUCUUCUCUAUCAUCAAAGACUAGCAACUGGCAAUGGAAAUUCAAGGAUAACUCUAUCAAAAUUCACUAUGAAGAGCAUGGAAAUGAAACUAAUGGACCAAACAAGAACAUUCUCAUGAUGCCAACUAUUUCUGAUGUUAGCACUGUGGAAGAAUGGAGACUGGUGGCUAAAGACAUUGUUCAGAAAUCCGGAGACGUUAAUUGGCGAGCUACCAUUGUUGAUUGGCCCGGGCUAGGUUUCUCCGACCGCCCGAAGCUAGAUUACAACGCAGAUGUCAUGGAAUCGUUCCUUGUUGACUUUAUUCUUGACCCGAAUAGUCCCGUGAACCGCAUGGAAGACUUGGUGAUUGUUGGAGGUGGUCAUGCUGCUACCAUAGCCAUCCGUGCUGCUAAAAAGGGUUUGGUCAAACCGACCGCCAUUGCUGCAGUUGCUCCUACCUGGUCGGGCCCACUUCCUAUUGUAUUCGGUCGCGAUUCCAAGACGGAAUCAAGAUAUGAGCUACUCAGAGGAACAUUACGUGCGCCAGCUGUCGGUUGGAUGAUGUAUAACAUGCUAGUCAGUAACAAAAAAUCCAUUCAAUCCCAAUAUAAAUCCCACGUGUACGCUGACUCCGCAAACGUGACACCAGCCAUCAUCGAAAACAGAUACGAGCUGACAAAACAGAAAGGAGCCCGUUAUGUCCCUGCUGCUUUCUUGACGGGCCUACUAGACCCGGUGAAAACCCGUGAAGAAUUUCUUCAACUCUUUGAAGGGUUAGAUGGUAAAUUACCAGUUUUGGUUGUGUCGACAUCUGGUGCACCAAAAAGGUCGAAAGCGGAAAUGGAAGCUCUUAGAGAGGCUAAAGGUGUUAGCAAAUUUGUUGAGGUUCCAGGAGCUUUGCUUCCACAUGAAGAAUACCCAAGUUUAGUUGCAAAAGAGCUUCACAGUUUCUUGCAAGAUGUAAUAUAAAUUGAUUAUUUUUUUUUGGUUAUAAUUCUAUAGAACAAUAUACUCUUGAUACUAUUUGAAACGAUUGGAUCGGAUUGGAGUGGAUGGGGCUGGGAUGGAUUCGGGUUGGGUCGGGUUGGUUGAUCGAUAACGUUUCUUCUGGAAAGUUUAUAACUUUUAUUUCAAAUUAAUGUCAAAAUCUAUAGUACAUUUUAAGGAAA